GUGAAACUAAUAAUGACUGGCAGUGGAUAAUUUUGGAUGGCCCAGUAGACACAAUUUGGAUAGAAAACUUAAAUACUGUUCUAGAUGACACUAGAAUGCUCUGUCUUGCUAACAGUGAAAGAAUUAACUUGCCAUCAAGGAUCAGAAUGAUAUUUGAAGUGGAUAGUCUCUCUCAGGCUAGCCCUGCUACUGUCAGUAGAUGUGCAAUGGUUUUUGUGGAUCCAACUAAUCUGGGAUGGGAACCAUACGUUAAGACUUGGCUAUUGAAGAUCUCCAGAAUCAUUCCACGAAGUGGUGUAAAGGUCCUUGAAAGUUUAUUUGAAAUAAGCAUGGAAAAAGGCCUAAACUUUUUAGAUAGACACAAGAAAAUGCAGCCAUUUCCUGUUCAGCAGAUGGGACUUGUAAUGAAUCUCUGCAGAAUCCUUGGUGCUUUUAUUGAUAUAAUGAGAAAAAAUGGAGGCUUUGGUCACAGACUUACUCCUAGUCUAGAAGUUAUAGGUAGAUUCAAAGUUAUAGGUACAGAAGGAAGGAAAGACCUCUAUCCCCGAACUGAGACAAAGGGAGCUUACUUUGUUAAAUGGAACCCUGAAAUAGAGAGAGCACACCUGGCUUCUCUCAAGAGAAUCACUAUUGGUGUGGAAAGCAAGGAUGGUCUUGUAGGUACUUCAAAACUGCCACAAACAGUGGAAUCCAAAGCACUGAUUACAAAGGCCACCCUAGAAAAGAAAAGGGAAGAUAAGAAAUGGUUCCUGGAAAAAUAUCCUGACAAACUGCCAUCUCUGUUAGGAAAACUCUAUGUAUUUGCAUUUACUUGGGCAGUUGGUGGAGUUUUAAGAAGAGAAGAUGAUUAUGAGGAGGACUCUUUGAUUGGCAUAAAUACCACAGAUGAAUGUCUUGUAAAUGUAACACACAGUUUCAAUAAUCUUGUUCAUGAUAUAUUUGAAGGAGAACCACCUACUGGUGUUCAGUUUCCAUCAGGAGACAGGGUUAUCUUUGCUUAUUUUGUGGAUUUACAAACAGGUGAUUUUUCACCAUGGACAGACUUAGUUCCUACCACUCAGUUUUUAAUUCAGCAAGCUACUACAUCCACUUCAGAUCCUCCAACAUCUAGGAGUGAUGAAAUGAAGAGCCAAGGAAGUCAAACCGAGAUUCUUAAAUUUAUUCCAAAUAUGGACACAAUUUGCUAUUCUUUUCUAACAAGCCUUCUUUUAAUGAAUAAACAUCCAGUACUUAUCACAGGAGACUCUGGCAUUGGAAAGACUGCAAUGAUUCAGCACAUGCUUGAAAGACUUCAGAAAAAAGGAUUAUCUGUGACAUCUGGAACAAUUUUAGGAGAUGUCUUCUUACACAGUGAAACUAAAAGAGCAAGGGCAAUCAAGACAUUGUGUUGCAACUCAGGAACAACUCCCUCCAGAGAAUUGCUGAGACACAUUGAUCACCAGGGUGUGAUUGUUACCAAAAUACAGUUUGGUGCCCAUACCAGUGCUGCUCAAACCCAGACAUGGAUUCUUCAGAAAUUAAUCCUAAAAAGUAAAGAUGUUCAGGGUGCUCCAAAAUCCAAACAGGUGCUAGUGUUCAUUGAUGACCUGAACAUGCCAAUGCCAGAGGAGUACGGUGCCCAGCCUCCACUUGAAUCACUCAGGCAAUUUUUAGAUUUAGGAGGAUUUUAUAACAGUAAACAACUUGCAUGGAAGAAUGUCCAGGAUGUCUCCUUGGUAGCAAACUGUGCUCCUGCAAGUGGUGGAAGAAGUGAGAUUAGCCCACGUCUUCUGUCACACUUCUCCAUAUUAGCUCUUCCUCAACCUUGCUUACAGUCCUUACAACGUAUUUUCCAGGUUCAUCUGGGAACAUACCUGUAUAACAAUAGAUUCUUAUAUGAGGUCCAGAAAUGCAGUGAUCUUUUAACAUCCUCUUCCAUAGCUAUAUACUAUAAUAUGUGCCACAGAAUGCUUCCUACUCCAGCUAAGUGUCACUACACAUUUAAUCUAAGAGAUCUCUUCAAGGUGCUACAAGGGUUGUUGCAAGCCCAUCGGUCAAUUAUUGUCUCAAAAGAAACCACAGCCCUUCUCUUUGUGCAUGAAACAACCCGAGUAUUCCACGAUCGUCUGACUGAACUUGCUGAAAGAGAGAUUUUUCAUAAUUUCCUGUCAAAUGAACUAUGUAACUAUUUUAAGAUUGGACUGGAUGGAAAUGGGAAAGUAACAUGUGUGACUCUAGCCUGCUAUUUAUCAAACUGCAGUCUUUUUAGGUUGUCUAUUACGCACAGUUAUACUUACUCAGAUUUCAGAGAGGACCUGAAAAAAGUCUAUAGGCAAACAGGGCUGGAGGGACAGAGGACUGUUUUUCUUAUCACUGAUUCAGACAUACUGAAGGAAUGUUUUUUAGAAGAUUUGAGCUAUAUUCUGAAUUCUGGAGAAGUACCUGACUUAUUUGAUAAAGAAGAGGUAGAAGAUAUUGUUGUGAAACUUACAGCUGUUGCCGAAAAGGCUAACUACUCUAACAGCAGAGAAGCUAUUCUUUCUUUUUUUCUGCAGAGAGUUCAUAGCAACCUUCAUAUUGUUUUGACAUCAAGUCCUGCAGGGCAUAAUUUCCGUCAGCAUUGCCGGACAUAUCCUGCCAUUAUUAAUUGUUGUACAGUUGAUUGGUAUGAGAACUGGCCUGAAGAAGCUCUCCUGCAUGUUGCAAAAAAAUACUUAAGUCAAAAGAAUAUUUUUGAUGAAAAUGAGACCUUAACAAACAGGGUUACCGACAUGUGUGUUGAAGUCCACAAAAAUAUAUCAACAAUAGUUGAGAAAUAUUUGAAGGAAACUAAGAGGCAUUACUAUGUCACUCCCAGUAGCUAUUUGCAGUUCAUAAACACCUUUUCCAGAAUAUUACAGAUCACAAAAAAGAAAAUUCUGAUUAACAGGGAUUGUUUUCAAAAUGGUCUAACCAAGCUUCUGGAAGCAACAUCAUUAGUUGCAGAAAUGCAGGAAGAGUUGUUUGCUCUUGGCCCUCAAAUAGAGCAAAAAUCAAAGGAAACAGAAGAACUUGUGGAAAAACUUCGUAGAGACUCAGUAGUAGUGGAACAGGUUCGAAUGCUUGUCAAACAGGAUGAAGAAAUCAUGGCUGAAGAGACAAAAGUUGUGGAACAAUAUGCUAAGCAAGCUACAGAGGAGCUACAUUCUGUAAUGCCAACUUUAGAAAAGGCUCUUACUGCUUUAGAUGCACUGGACAAAGCCCACAUUGCAGAACUCAGAGUGUAUACUCACCCUCCUCCUCUUGUACUAACUGUUAUGAAUGCAGUCUGUAUUCUUCUGCAGAAGAAACCUACUUGGGCAACAGCAAAACACCUUCUUGCAGAUCCAGGGUUCCUCAAAACAUUGGUUACUUUGGAUAAAGAUAAUCUACCAGAAAAGGUAUUUCUGCAGUUGAAAAGCUACAUAAAAUCACCUGAUUUUAGUCCAUCAAAACUUGGAUUUGUGUCCAUUGCCUGUUGCUCUAUGUGUCAAUGGAUUUUAGCUUUAGACAACUACCAUGAAGUUCAAAAGGUAGUGCAUCCAAAACAAGUCCGUGUGACAGAAGCUCAGGAAGUACUGAGGCUAGCUCAUCAAAAACUAGCAGAAAAACAAAGAAGUUUAGCCCUGAUUGAAGAACAUCAGCGGAAUUUAGAGGCAAGAUAUGAAGAGAGUGCAGCUGAGAAAGCGAUGCUAGCAACUCGAAAAGAACUAGCAACUCAGCGCCUGAAUAGAGCAUCUGUAUUAAGCACUGCUCUGGAGGAUGAAAUGGAGCGAUGGAAGAAAGCAGUUAAUAAUUUAGACCAAAAGCUACAUGGUAUCAUGGGUGAUGCCCUUAUUUCAGCAGCAUCUCUAGUCUACAGUGGAGUGUUAACAUCAGAAUAUCGUCAGCAGCUAGCGAAUGAAUGUCUGAGAUUGUGUAAUGAGAACAUGAUUCCCAUGUCACCAAAUUAUUCUCUAAUAGCAGCUAUGACAGAAAAGAAUGAGGUCAGAAAAUGGCAAAAUGAAGGUUUACCACAGGACCAGUACUCCACUGAAAAUGCUAUUCUUGUCAAGAAUGGGUGGCGAUGGCCUUUACUAAUUGAUCCACAGAGACGGGCUUGUAAAUGGAUAUGUCAAAUGGCAGGGAGCAAGUUGCGACAAAUUCAUGCUUCGGAUUCCAGUUACUUAAGAACUCUUGAAAAUGCAGUGCAAGUUGGAGAAUCUGUUUUACUUAAGGAUCUUGCUGAAACAUUGGAUUCAAGUUUGGAGCCAAUCUUAAAAAAGGAAGUCUACAAUAAAGUAGGUAAAGAUUACAUCAGAAUUGCAGGUUCUGAAAUUGAAUACAACCACAACUUCAGAUUAUACAUGACAACACAAAAAGCCAACCCCCAUUUCCUCCCAGCGGUUUGUAACCUGGUCACAAUGAUCAGCUUCAAUGUAACAUUCCAAAGCUUGCAAGACCAUCUCUUGUCUACUGUAGUAAUUCAUGAGACACCCCAAUUAGAGCAACAACAUUAUCAGUUAUUUGAGAGUAUCUCUGCUGACCUAGUCAUGCUGCGAGACUUGGAACAAAAGUCUCUGACACUGCUACAGAAAGCAGAAGGGCACAUACUAGAUGACCAAGACCUCCUUGACAACUUAGAAAGAACAAAAGUUACUUCAAAAGAGAUCUCUGAACGCAUUGAAGCAUCAGCAAAAACAGAGGCCACCAUUGAAAAAGCACGCAAAAGCUAUCUCCCUGUUGCAACUCGAGGUGCUGUACUCUACUUUGUGGUAGCAGAUCUUGUUAAAAUCAACUAUAUGUAUCAGUUUUCACUGGAAUGGUUCCAUAAAAUCUUUGUAGAAUCUGUGGAGUCUGUAAAUAAACUUCAGAGGCAGAUUUCAAUGUCAGAUUCAACUUCUUCUGUAUCUGGAACAGUACAAGCCCCUAGUAGGCUAAGCAGAAGGGAGUUCAUUCAGAAGGACUGUGAAAAAUACGAGGAUGAGAAAGACAACUUUAAUAGACAUCUUAAAAAUAUAAUUGACCUGUUGACAAGUAAUGUUUAUAAGAUAGUUUCUUCUGCCCUCUUCACUGAAGCCCAACUUUGCUUCUCUUUUCUGCUCUGUGCUACAAUCAUGCAAAAUAACUAUAGUGAAAAUCAAGUCCAUGAUGAACUUGGAUUCCUACCUGAAAAUGAAUGGAAAACCUUCCUCUACUCUCACACAUUAUCUACGAUAUUUGCCACACAAUCAGAGUCUGAAGAUAAAGGUUCAUAUAUGUUUAAUAAAAGUCCUCAUCUUUUGUGGAUGACUGAAUCUAUGUGGAAGGAAUGUCAAUACAUGAGCGCUCAUCUGCAGCCUUUCAGUCUUUUGUGUGAAUCCCUUGUGUCAAAUUCCCAACAGUGGAGCUUCUUCCUAAACAGCAAUAAUUUAUAUUCUUUACUUAGCACCUGUUACAUGUCAGCAUCAUCACAGCAAGAUCUGCAAUCAGAAGUAAUGGAAGAAACCACUGAUCUCAAUAGUGCCUUGGUAAAUUUUCCCUGGGAGAGUCUUUCUUCAUUUCAAAGACUUAUACUGAUAAAAAUUCUCAGACCAGAAAGUUUAAAUGGUGCAGUACAAGAAUUUGUCACUGAGAAAUUAGGAGCCAGGUUUCUUCAGACUAGAGGGAUUAAUCUGAAAGAAGUUUAUGAAGAUUCCUGUGCCAGCAGCCCCCUAAUAUUUAUUCAUUCUCCUGGAACAGACCCAACUGUUCAUCUCCUACGCCUUGCACAGGAACUAAAAGGAAACACAAAGCAUGUGAAAAUGGUUUCUUUGGGACGUGGGCAGGGGAGCAAGGCUGAAGAGUUGAUAUAUCAAGCACAGAUUGUGAGCGGACAAUGGGUGUUCCUCCAAAACUGCCACCUUGCUACAUCAUUUAUGCCCAGGCUUUGUACUAUUGUUGAUUCAUUUACCCAACCAAAUAUAAACAUGGACCCUCAGUUUAGACUUUGGUUAAGCUCCACACCCAAUCCUUCUUUCCCUGUUCCUAUUCUGCAGAAAGGUUUUAAGAUGGCUGUAGAACCACCUCAAGGUUUGAAAGGAAAAUUACUUCAAACAUUUGGGUACAGUGGCAGUGGAGAGGUAACUGAAAAUAUCUUCAACAAGGCUGCAUUUGGGCCAUCAUGGAAAAAGCUGCUUUUCAGUUUGUGUUUCUUUAAUGCUGUUGUCCAAGAAAGAAAGAAGUAUGGAGCUCUGGGCUGGAAUAUCCCAUAUGAAUUUAACUCUUCAGAUUUAGAGAUUUCCAUACAGAUGCUGAGAAUGCUUUUGAAGAGCCAAGAAAAGGUUCCUUGGCCAGCAUUGCGUUAUUUGACUGGAGAAGUAACCUAUGGAGGUCGUGUGACUGAUCACUGGGACCGACGUUGCUUGCUCAGUAUUCUGGACAAUUUCUAUAACCCUGCCGUUCUGCAGGAAGGUUUUGCUUAUUCUUGUGAUCGGGUAUAUAGACCGAUAUCUGAAACAGACAGCUUAGAGGAUUGCAGAAUAUAUCUAGAGUCUCUACCAGACACAGAUUCACCAGAACUAUUUGGAAUGCAUGCCUGUGCUGAAAGAGCCUUUCUGGAGUCUCAGGCACAAGCCCUUGUUGAUACCCUUGCCAGUUUGCAGCCAGGAGUCAUGAUGGACACCCUGAUAAUCAGUGGUAGAAAGAGCCAGGAUGAAUUAGUACUGGAAAGAGCAUCUGACAUUCUAAGGCAGCUGCCCCUGACUGUAGAGGAGCAAGAUACAGAACUGACACCUAGAAGUGAAAGCACCUCCAAAAGUAGAGUUACACUGGAGCGCCUCAUGUCAGGACCUACUUGGGCUGCUCUUGCAAAAGCCACUAAAGGACACGAUCCCUUUAUGAAUUCAGCUUUGUUAACUGUUCUCCGGCAAGAGAUUGACCGAUUUAAUCAUUUACUGGCUGUAGUAAUUCUGUCAUUGCAAUCACUUCAACGUGCUACUAAAGGGGAGAUUGUCCUCACCCAAGGGUUAGAAGAGCUUUAUCACUCAUUGCUGAGAUCCAGAGUACCUGAGCUUUGGCAGCAAUACUCCUAUAAGUCCUGUAAACCUUUGGGAUCAUGGAUUGAUGACCUUAUCUUGCGAGUGAAUUUCUUUGCAACCUGGGCACACCAGGCCAUCAGCUAUAUACAACUAAGGUAUAACAAUUUAACGAUGUUGCAGAAGCAAGCCAAAGCAUCCAGGAUACCAUUUUUGUCACAAAUAAGUGAGAAUCCUAACACCGGCGUUCAAGGAUCCCCUAAUCAAUUCUGGCUUCCAGGAUUUUUCUUCCCACAAGGCUUUCUUACUGCCGUGCUUCAGAAUUAUGCUCGCCAGAAUGGCAUACCGGUGGAUACUCUUACAUUUGUCCAUAGAGUUCUCCCAGUGGCUGAGGAUGAAGAAUGUCAUCUCAAAGAUACAAAGAGAAAACAGAAUAUACUUCUCGCUGCUUUUAAGGGAUCUGCCCCCCCUGAAAAUGGUGUUCUAGUUUUUGGCUUAUAUAUAGAUAGUGCACGAUGGAACACAACUACCAAUCUGCUGGAAGAGCCCUGGCUUCAGGAGAGAUUUUACCUAUUCCCCAAAAUGGUUUUUAUACCACACAAGGUUAACACUUGUCCAGAAGAACAAGACAACCUAAGACUUUAUGAAUGUCCACUUUACCGAACUCCCCAAAGAGCUGGAAUACUGUCAUCAACAGGUCUGUCCACUAACUUUGUAACUACAAUCAAUCUGCCAACCCUAAGAACUCCAAGCUAUUGGAUAACAAGAGGGGUUGCAUUGUUAUGUCAACUGGAUCAUUAAAAUUGGGGAAGGGGAAGGCGGGGGGAUUGGGUAGGAGGAGCAAAAGUUCCUAAACUCCAUCUGGUGGAAAGGUGUUUUAGUCUCUUGAAAGAAUGGUUAUACUGUGGAAACUAUCAGCAGUUCAUCUGGGCUCUUUAUAGAAUAUAAGUGCUAUUUAAAAGGAGAAGGAAGUACUUUAAAAAAUGUGAAAAUCCACUCCUUAGCUUAAAUAAAUCUUAUGUAUAUCAAACCAUGUAUUUUCAGUCUAUUGUGCACUUUCUUCUUGUGUUGGUUCUCUACAAAUAUUGAAUUAGGUUAACACAUGUCCAGUAGUAGUACAAAACAACCUAAUGCUUUAUGAAUGUCCACUUUACCAAACUCCCCAAAGAGCUGAAAUACUGUCAUGGACAGGUCUAUCCACUAACUUUGUAACAACAAUCAAUCUGCCAACCCUAAGAACUCCUGAAUUAGCUGAUGAAUUCUCUACAAAUAGGUUUAGACACUCUGGGGUAGACACAGGCAUCCUGUUUAUGGCAGGACAAGCUAUGGCAGGAAAAUAUACUAUUUUCAUAGUACAUUUGUCUGUUCAGACAUCCUUCACAAGUGUCCCAGGACAAAGCCCAAAAUCUGCUGCCACAGAGUGUGUGGUGAUAGUUUGUCCCAAGACAUUGCAAAGGGCAAACUGUCCCCGGCAAUGUGGCAGAACAGAGAACCUAGGCUUCCCAUCUCUCAAGCCACUGCCUUCCUUCUGUCCCAAUCCCAGUCCCUUUUCACCCCAGAACAAGAACGUUUGAAAGUGCAAAAGUAGUAAGGGGGUUGGGGGAGGAUCCUUUGCUCUACAACAUGAAUGAAGCAUGAGCCCUGGAACCCCCUGCAGGAAGGAGAGGUAGCAUGGGUUUGUUGUUUCAGUAAGAAGUCUUGAGGUUCCCAUACAGUUGAUGAUAUAGGAGAGGCAAUACCAUUUAUUUUUGUAGUCCCCCAGAUGCAAGCGCCUGAAGGGCCAAAAAAGUAUAAGUGAACACUGACACCUGAAAACUAGUUUCUCAAAUAAUACAUGAUUCUAGUUGAUCCUUCAUUGAAGACAUGUAGUUAGAUACAGAAAUGUGCAGUCAACUACGCAUGAUGCCAUUUUUAAACAAAACUUUAUUGAAGCUUACAAAUGUGUUUGUAUUAAGCAUUCUACUUGCAAGUCAAUUUUACAGCUAACACACGAGAGUGGACAGAAUCGACAUCAGCCAGGAGCCAUGUCUCUGAAGGAAGAGUACACAGAAUGUUAAAUCAUUUGCUCUCAUCAUGUGGUGACAAAAUUUAAUAAGCCUCCUUCAAUGCUGUUACAAAUACCACUACUUGUUUUUUGUUCCAAGAAUGAAAAUGUCCAGAUUAGAACAUUUUCCCUAGAACAGCUACAUGGACCUUCUGAGGCCAUAGCCUGCUGAAGAACAGACAUGAUCAUCUUCAACAAGUUCUGCUAUAUACACUUCAAAUGUACAAUAGUAACUAAAAUGGCUCAUGUACAAAAUAAAGCAUUUUAAACACACACUAGAUUUCAAUUGCAUCACUAUUUUAAAACACACUUAACUAUUCAACCUAAAAACAAAACAGAAAACUCGCUACAAAUCAUAACCAUGAAGGUACUUAAAUUUCCCUUCACAGUACAAUUAAAAUGAGAAAAUCAUUAUUAGUAAGUCUUUUUGGGGGCAAUUCGUGCCCUACAUCCUCUUAUUGGAAGUACCCAAAAAACUACCAAUUUAAAAAAAAAAAAGACAGAAAAGGAUAAAAACUAGUUCCUAAAGUUAAUCAAUACAAAAAUGUUUUAGCAUCUCUCUGGCCUUAUAAACUUCAUGUAUUAAAAUGCAAAUUUAUCCACUUACAAUUUAUUAAGUAGAAAUUAAACUAUUGCAAUAGGGGAGGAUUCACAGAUAUUGAGACAACUAAUUCAAGUUGCUAAGAAACUCACAUUAGUUAAAAAGUCAAAAUAUAUACAAAAAUAUAUUAGCUAGUGUGGUUGUAAGCUUAAGUCACAGGUUAAUGUAAAAAAAUUAAAUAGCGAUAGUGAAAAACUAGCUAUUUUUCCCUAUUUGCAACAGUAUAAAAGGCAAACCUGCAUUUGAGGUAGCGUUGCCAAAUUCACAAACUUUGGAUUGAAGAGCAUAUUUUCUAUAUUUUCAUAGUAUAUUUGUCAAUACAAUAUUUAAAUGAACACUUCAAUUGUUUCAGGAAUUAAAUCCAUACAUUACUUUACAAAAACCCUUAUUAAAGGACAAUUUUUAAAAAAAUACUGGAAAUGGUUUUAGUUAAAAAGCUUCUUCUGCUCCUAAACAAGUUAUUGCAUUUCACAUUCAAACACUGUACAGCAAAACCGGGAAGGUUUAUAUUAUACAAUCAGGGGGUGCUAUGGUACAUUUAAGACAUAUUUUACAUAACACAGUGUAAGCCAACUAUUGCCAUUUU